CUAGUGCUGGGGAGCGGCUGCAAAUACAGAUGCUCAUUAGCAGAGACGUGACUGCACAGAGACCAUAUAAAUCAAUUGCUUGCAGACGCAUAUCAAAAUCCCAUCAGCGAGUGCCAAGUGAAAACAAGCUCAUGGCUCCCACUGAUUCGGCAUUACGAAACUAAUAUGACUGAGGCUGGGGGAAGAAGGCAGACAGAACUAAAAGGAAGGACCUGCCCGAAAGAAUCCAUUCCUACAUAUGGUCAUGUGGUUCUUUAAAACAAUGUCCCAUCACGUGCUAUGUUGGUGACGUCACAGGAAACAAAGAAGUCAGUGUUAGAAGAUAGCAAAUGUACAGGAGGUCAUAAACCAUAUUUGAGAAGUACUUCCAUCCAGUGCUACUUGUGUUUACUUCUGAACAGUCAUUUUUUAACUGAGGCUGGCAUUCAUGUCUUCAUUUUGGGUUGUAUCAGUGCAGGUCUUCCUAAAACAGAAGCAAACUGGCAGCAUGUAAUAAGUGAUUUGAAAAGAAUUGAAGAUCUUAUUCAAUCUAUACAUAUGGAUGCCACUUUAUAUACUGAAAGCAAUGCUCAUCCCAGUUGCAAAGUAACAGCGAUGAAAUGCUUUCUCCUGGAGUUACAUGUGAUUUUGCAUGAGUCCAGAAAUUCAGACAUUAACGAUACAGUAGAAAACCUUAUCAUCCUAGCAAACAGCAGUUUAUCUUCCACUGAGUAUAAAACUGAAUCGGGAUGCAAAGAAUGUGAGGAGCUGGAGGAAAAAAAUAUUAAAGAAUUUUUGAAGAGUUUUGUACAUAUUGUGCAAAUGUUCAUCAACCCUUCUUGAGUGCAGCUAAUCCUUUUCAGCAUUUCUAUUAUUAACAAACAUCUCCCCACUGCUUAGAGGCAACAACGAAACACUCAGCAUUUCAAAUAUGCUGCCAAAAUAAAUUCUUCUGGCAAGAGGAUGAUCAGGAUCUUUGAUCGGAUGGACUCACAGAAAUGAAGGCCGAACAAUGGCAUUGAGUACCAUGGUGUCUACGAACACAGGACUUAUUUUAUUCAUUUAUUUUUAAUUUAUUAUUGAGAUUGUACAUAUUUGUAGCAUAAUGUAAAAUGUUGAAUAAAAUUGUGUAUAUAUUUUAUCUUUUGAAAUUGCACUGAUAUUUUAUGUCAUAAGAAAAUAGAGGGUGUUUGGUUCAAGGGUGACAGUCAAAUUAUUUAACAACCAGUGGGGCUGGACACCACUGCUGUAGGUAAAGAGGAUGCCCCAACCAAUGUGGAAAUUGACUACCAGCCUUCCUUUACUUCUCCUUUAGGUGUAGCACUUGGAGGGAGAAUUGACUACCAACGAGAAAGGAGGAACUAGAUGUGAGACCAGUAAUUUCGUUAUUGAUAUAUAAAGCGCUUGUUAUGAGAGAGAGAAUUUGCAAGUACCCGGCAUGGAAUGUGCAUCAGUCCAUCUCAGGUGGGGAUGGCAAUAAUAAACCUUCACUGAUAGGUGGAACUGUGUAUCAAAAACUAAUGAUUGCACCGGUGUUUAUAUUUCAUGCUUCCCCAAGUACAGGUAUUUUAUUUUUCUACAUUGUAUUUGCCAUGUUUGUAUAAUAAAAAACUGCUGAUGAGUUAAAGUCAA